AUGGACUUCAUCACGUAUGAUGCUUUCAAUGUGUUUAACAUGAUAUCACAGUGUGUGAUCAAGCCUUUAAUUCUGCUGGUGGGCGUGCCGUCUAACGUGGUCAACAGCAUCGUGUUCUGGCGACAGGGGCUGAGGGACCGCAUGAACCUCUGCCUCUUCUGCCUGGCCCUCACAGACCUGCUCUACCUCGUGUCUGUCUUCGGCCAGAGUGUCAUAGGACCUUUUGUAGAAUUUGGAGACGAGCUACUGGGAAAAGAGAUCUACCACAAGGCUGUAAAAUUUACUAAAUGGUUCACGCUGGAGAUGAACACCUUUUCCACCUGCAUCACCCUAGUUGUGGCUGUGGACAGGUGUGUGUGUGUCAUGACCCCACUGCGGGCUCUUUCGCUCCUCAGCUCGCGGGCUAUGGGGGGAAUAUUAGGGAGUAUAUACAUCACCACACAGCUAGGCUUUUCCGUUAACAUCUUCCGGUAUGACGUCAUUGCAGUAAAGGCCAACAACAGUAGUCACGUGACAGGUUGGAAGUGGACAUCCACUAAAACGUGGAUGGACAACUACACUUUAUUUUCUACCAUCCAAGAAGUGCUGUUGAUGACCGUGUUACCGAUAGUCAUUUUUGUAGGGAUUUCCGUCACAACAGCCUUGACUGUGGCGAGACUGCGGACCGCCAUGCUGUGGCGGAAGUCGGUGAGCAGUAGUAGCAACAGCAGCCAGCAGGUGGCGCUGACUAAGAUGCUGGUGGUGGUGUCGUGUGUGUACUUCGCCACCUCCGUUCCCUACGUGGUGUUUAUAGUGGUUGGCGUGGCUAUCGACGAUUUUGAUCUUGGAGGGCGAUACCAGAAUAGCUUUUUAGUCUGUGGCAUUUUGGUGAUCGUGCUGUCCAUGGUGAGAAGCUCGUGCAACAUCUUUGUCUACUUCCACCAGUCUUCACGCUUCCGGCGUGAGUCGCUUUCUCUCUCUACUGCCAUCGGAUGCUUAAGAGGUGAUGCCCCACCUAUCGGGCUUAACAUCUCUAUUUCAACAGCAGAAAGAAGAAAAGCCUAA